AAACGCCCACAGAGAGUAAUAUUCUCCCUGGAUCUGCGGACGGGAAGCGAGCUAACAUAGGAAUUCGUUAUUUUAAUUUAUUUAUUAGCCAGAAAGUUGUUUUUAUUAUUAGAAUUCAGCCCAGCUUUGUUUUUAAAGGUUUUUUUUAAUCUAGUCAGUUUUUUAGUCAAGUUUUCUUUUUAUCCUUUUUUAAAACCGGCUUUUAAAUACUUUUUUUUUCUUCGAGAAAAGUGACGAAGACGACCGGAGGAAGAAGAGGAGGAGAAGCAGUGAAGUCUGACAGUAACUGACCCUAUCUAACUACUUGGGUUACAAGGCAGAGACGUCAGCCCAGCGCGUGCCUGUCCAACUGUACACACGCCACGAUGGAGGGAGAGAAGAAGUUGACCUUGCAGCUCAUGCUGGCAGUAGGAACAGCUGUGAUUGGCUCUCUUCAGUUCGGCUACAACACAGGUGUCAUCAACGCUCCUCAGAAAAUCAUCGAGAGUUUCUACAAUGAGACGUGGUUUGACCGGUAUCAGGAGCCCAUCACUGACACAGCCCUCACAUCAUUGUGGUCUUUAUCAGUGGCCAUCUUCUCUGUGGGAGGGAUAUUUGGCUCCUUUUCUGUCGGACUUUUCGUCAACCGCUUUGGAAGGAGGAACUCAAUGCUUCUAGCUAAUGUGCUUGCCUUCCUGGCAGCAGCACUUAUGGGCUUCUCUAAGAUGGGCUCUUCAUGGGAGAUGCUGAUUACUGGGCGUUUCGUAGUGGGGCUUUACUCUGGCCUUUCCACUGGAUUUGUGCCUAUGUAUGUGGGCGAGGUGGCCCCAACCGCACUGCGAGGAGCCCUGGGGACCCUUCAUCAGCUAGGCAUUGUCGUUGGCAUCCUUGUGGCACAGGUGUUUGGUCUGGAUGUGAUCAUGGGCAAUGCAACUAUGUGGCCUUUCCUGCUGGGCUUCACCUUCAUUCCAGCCUUGGCGCAGUGCAUCCUGCUUCCCAUGUGUCCAGAGAGCCCCAGAUAUCUCCUAAUUAACCGCAAUGAGGAAAGCAAAGCCAAAGCAGCAUUGAAAAAGCUGCGUGGCACCUCGGAUGUGAGUGCAGACAUGCAGGAGAUGAAAGAGGAAAGCAGACAGAUGAUGCGGGAGAAAAAAGUGACCAUUCCAGAGCUGCUCCGCUCGUCAAUCUACCGCCAGCCUUUGGUCAUUGCUGUCAUGCUGCAACUGUCUCAGCAGCUGUCUGGCAUUAAUGCUGUGUUCUACUUCUCUACUGCAAUCUUUGAGAAGGCCGGUGUGGAGCAGCCUGUCUACGCCACUAUUGGAGCUGGAGUCGUCAAUACCGCUUUCACUGUAGUGUCGUUGUUUUUAGUGGAGAGAGCCGGACGCAGGUCUCUACACUUAAUAGGACUGCUGGGCAUGGCUGGAUCAGCUAUUCUGAUGACAAUAGCCCUAGCACUGCUGAACCAGUUGGAAUGGAUGUCCUACGUGAGCAUUGUUGCUAUUUUCGCUUUUGUGGCUUUCUUCGAAAUCGGACCAGGUCCAAUCCCUUGGUUCAUUGUGGCUGAGCUGUUCAGUCAAGGCCCCCGUCCUUCCGCUUUCGCCGUGGCCGGAUUCUCCAACUGGACGGCCAACUUUAUUGUGGGAAUGUGCUUCCAGUAUGUGGAGCGUCUUUGUGGCCCAUACGUCUUCAUCAUCUUCACCAUACUGUUAGUGGUCUUCUUCGUCUUCACAUACUUCAAAGUUCCUGAGACGAAGGGACGGACGUUCGAUGAGAUCGCCGCCGGUUUCUCCCAGCGAGCGGCCGGAGGGGUGGAGAAAAACACGGAAGAGCUCAACCAUCUGGGAGAUUCUCAGCUCUGAUUCUCAGCGGUCAAGCCUGUUUUUUCAUUCCCUGGCACUCAUUUACACAACUACUGAGAGAGGGGCACGGUGGCGGUCAGUCAAACAUUUCCCCCUCUCCUGACUGCUCCUGCCUCACAUGCCUUCUGGGUCUUCAGUGCAUCUGCAGACGUGCUUCUUUAAAGCAGAGACUUUUGCCGAAAAGUGGAGAGGAGGCUAAGUUAUGAGAUUUUCCUCUUUUUUUUUAGACAAGAGAAUGUUUUUAGCCUUAUUUCUCCAGUGCACAAGUGCGUCUUUUUAUUUUUUCACAUUCGUGUCUGUUACAGCUUUGUCCAUGUGAAUUAAUUUCUAAUAUUUGUGGUUGGUUUUUCCUAACAUGUCACCAGCACACUUUUAACGAGGCCUGUUGGCUUAAUUUGUGGAGUUCCUUUCCGCUUAGCCAACAACAAAAAAAAAUAUUCCAUUUAACUGUAUUUUUCUCCAGUGGUCAACAGUUGUUAAGUGCUUUAAUCUAUUGUUUCUCAUCUGAAAUGACGUGACCAUAAUCUUAUCUUUGCAUAUAAGUAAAUUUCAGCUCAUUGUAAACCACAAGUGGUCAUCUCCAGGCUAGAAGGCUGCAGCACUGCAUAAAUAGUGUCUUCCUAACACUGUAUCAUCAAGGUGCCUUUAAAUUGCCUAUUGUAAUUCAGGCAAGCCAGGGUAGAAUGAAAAAACAAACACUGAAUUGUGCAGUGCUGCGGCUCUCCAGGGUUGGAGUCACCCAUUACUGAAUUGAAAUACUCCUAAAUGUCUGAUAGCAGUUGUUUUUAUUUCUUUUAAAUUCUCAAAUUAUUUUUAUAUAUACACACACAUUACAAAAUACACAGACAGCCUUCUAUGUAAAUUGUUAAGGUAUUUUAUCUACAUUUGUACACAUUGUUCCAAAUACUGUCUCCAUAAACUCAUUUUUAAGAAAUUGCACUGAGCAGAAGAAACUGCAUUUCUAAACAACUGAAAUCAUUCAAAACCUUGUUCUAUGGUAUGUCAGCAAUACUGUACUAUGCAGGAGAAUAAUGCAUAUUGCAUAGGUCAUCAAGCUUUCUUAGCUAAUUUUAUUAAGAAUGAACUCAAUAUAAAAACAUCACCAGCAAGCAAUAUGAGUACUAUUGAACUCCAGCCUGACUCCAGAGGAGGAGCUGUAUAUUAAGACCUGAGCAGGACUCGCCCAGCACACCUCAGUUUGCUAAAGCAGUCUGGAAGAACUGAGUGUUUAUUAUUUAGUCUUCCUUUGUACCACAAAACUACAGGCCUGAGGUCAGAGAGGGACUCUGAGGCACCGUGCUGGCCACAUAAUCAGCAGGUCAGUUUGGCAGAGACUAACAUCAGAAAGAUGAUACAUUUAUAGUUAAAAAUCAAUUGAUGUCAAAACCAAACAUUCUAGAGAUGUUGAAUUUUGGAUGGAACUCAGAAACCAAAUCACAAUCCUUAAAAAAAAAUCAGGGUUUAACAUUAGACAGACGUUAGAUUUUGGUCACUUAACACCAUGACCAAAAAACUUCAUUCCAACAAUGUUAGAAUUUCUCUAUGUGUGGGUGUGACAUUAUGAAAUGUGGAAUAGGUUGGGUUUUCGUCACAAUGCCUUACAACUAAAUGUUGGUGUAUUACAUCAAUACGAUGUUGGCAUGUGACAUUUGGAAGAUGUUGGGUUCUGACCACCAUGCCUUACAACUAAAUGUUGGUGUAUUACAUCAAUACGAUGUUGGCAUGUGACAUUUGGAAGAUGUUGGGUUUUGGACACCAUGCCUUACAACUAAAUGUUGGUAUAUUUUAGAUCAAAACAAUGUUGGCAUGUGACAUUUACAGGAUGUUGGAUUUUGGUCACCAUGCCUUACAACUAAAUGUUGGUAUAUUUGAUCAAUACUAUGUUGGCAUGUGACAUUUGGAAGAUGUUGGAUUUGAUCACAAUGCCUUACAACUAAUUGUUGGUAAAAUACAUCAAUACGAUGUUGGCAUGUGACAUUUGGAAGAUGUUGGGUUUUGGUUACAUAAUAUUACGCAAUAUAUAUUUUUUUCGAAUCAUCCAGAAUAUCACUGGAUGUAUUCGUAUGCUGCAGACAUCCGCUAUGAGUGCGUAUCCAAAUCCAGACAGCACAUUACUAUGCAGACACCACUCUUCCCUUUCUCUCUGUCAGUAGGGGGUUUAAGUAGUACCUGCUGCAGGAACUCUGCUGUUUGCUCUUUUCUGCUGCACUUUAUCAUCACACAUAUCACUUCUGUAAUCUUCCAAAAUCCCACCAGAUAGAGCCUCAUAGAUGUUUUACAAAGCAAAAAAACCCAAAUCCCCACUUUUACAGAAGAAAGACUGAAAUACAGCGGCAGCGUUUUUUGCCUGUCAUCACACGCAACUGUGCACACCCAUCCCCGACCUUCUAACGCUCAUUAUUUUUGAUGCGUAUCGUUUCAGGCAUGAUAAAAGAUGACUCAUAAUGAGUUCUGAAUUCAUUAUCAGAUCUUGCGUGGCCAGUUUCAAGGACACAUGGCAUUUUGUGAAAUCAGGGGGUGCGUGUUUGGGGGACUUUCAUACUCAUUAGCAAAUCCAUCACCCCAAAGCAUUCCACAGAGAGUUGGGAGCAGAAGUAGAUAGAGAUUAGUGUUUGUGUGCACGGAUGAGUGUGGGUGUAGAAGUGAGUGUGCAUGAGUGUGUGUGAUAUUGUGUAUUGUUUCCUCUUGCACAUGUAAAGCACUGUAUUACAUCAGAAUAGAGUGUUGCCACCAAAGUCAAACCUAUAUUUUGCUGUUAUAUAAAAGUAUAUAUAUAAAUCUCUCUAUAUAUUUGUUACAGAUGAUUUGUAUCUGAAUAAGACCAUAUAUAAUUGCACUGGAGUGUAAUGCUGUAAAUCUGUUUGAGCACUCUGUGAAACAGAAAACAAACUCACACACAAAAAAAUCGAAAUCUAAAUCACGGGGUGAGCUUGUUAUUACCUAAAAGUGGACAAUGUGGCCAUGACGGAUAUGUAUGCGUAAAUAGUAACUGUAUAAAUAGAAGCAAGUGUAAACUGAUUCAUUUUAGCUGUUGUACAUCUGUUAUUUUUUUAACGUAAGAUCUUUAUUUCUUAGACACGUUGUUCUGUAGUCCUUCAUACUGUAAACGUAGGAUUAUAUCUCUCCUUUUAUUUGUUUACUGGUUUAAACAUUGCAUUGUAUUUAUUAGUUUGCCUAAUUUAUUUAGAUGUUGUCUCUGAUUUUAGUAUUACGUUUAAUAAAAUAGUUCUUAACAAAA